GGGCAAAGGGGGGGGCCUAUGCCCGUGGGACCUUGCAGGGCUGAGGCGGAGCCUGCUCGGGGCAAAGGACGCGGCCUACCAGACCCCAGAAAGGGGAGCGGGGCCUUGCAGGGCAGGGGCGGGGUCUAGGGGCGGGGCCUGCGCAGAGGCCGGGGCUUCUAUCUCGGCUCCACGCUUUUCUGCAGGGGGGAGGGGGGCUGGUGAAGGGAGGUGGGCGUGCCGGCUCUCCCGGAAGUGGCGCUAGACUGUGGUGGUUGAUGGCGGUUGCGAUGGCGGCGGUGGCGGGCGGCGCGGCAGCCGGGGCGGCGCGUUCCCUAUCGCGGUUUCGGGGCUGCCUGGCCGGGGCGCUCCUCGGGGACUGUUUGGGGGCAAUCUACGAGGCGUACGAGAACGUUACCAUAGCGUCACUGCUGAGUCACGUGGGCAGCCUGGAGCCCGAGCCAGGCGCGAAGGGAAGCGCGCGCACAGAGGUCCUGUACUACACAGAUGACACUGCUAUGACCAGAGCCCUGGUGCAGUCCCUGCUGGCCAAGGAGGCCUUCGAUGAGGUGGACAUGGCCAAGAGGUUCGCUCAGGAGUACAAGAAAGAUCCUGAUCGAGGCUAUGGUGCCGCAGUGAUUACUGUGUUCAAAAAGCUGCUGAACCCCAAAUGCAUAGACGUCUUUGAGCCAGCUCGCGCUCAGUUCAAUGGCAAGGGUUCCUAUGGCAAUGGGGGUGCCAUGAGGGUGGCUGGCAUCUCCUUGGCCUACAGUCACGCCCAAGAUGUUCAGAAGUUUGCCCGGCUCUCAGCCCAGCUGACCCACGCCUCCUCGCUGGGCUUCAAUGGUGCCAUCCUGCAGGCUUUGGCCGUGCACCUGGCCCUCCAAGGGGAAUCGUCUCGGGAGCAGUUUCUCCAGCAGCUCUUGGACCACAUGGAAGAGGUGGAGAGUGAUGACCGGUCUGUGUUGGAAGCAAGGGAGCUGGGCAUGGAGGAGCGUCCAUACUCGAACAAGCUGAAGAAGAUCGCGGAGUUCUUGGAGCAGGGCUUAAUGGCGAAGGAGGAAGUCUUGUCUGAGCUUGGGAACGGCAUCGCAGCUUUCGAGUCAGUCCCUACUGCCAUCUACUGCUUCCUGCGCUGCAUGGCUCCUGACCCUGCAAUCCCAGCCACCUUCAACAGCCUGCAGCGGACGCUCAUCUACUCCAUCUCCCUGGGGGGGGACACUGACACCAUUGCUACCAUGGCUGGGGCCAUUGCUGGGGCCUACUAUGGGAUGGAGCAGGUUCCAGAGAGCUGGCAGCAGAGCUGUGAGGGUUAUGAAGAGACUGACGUGCUGGCCCGCAGCCUGCAUCAGCUCUUCAGCAAGGAGCUGUGAGUGUGUUGCCAGCGUACGUUCAAGCAGCAGCCCCUCACCGAACGGCAGACCUCAGGGCCCCCUCACUUUACUGCCCUGCCACUACUGCAGCAUGGGGCCAUGUGUGGUGAUUGGGAACUGGGGCAUGGGGAGAGGGGUCCUCUGUUUCAGUGGUGGUGAGUGAAUGGUGUAGGUGUGGCCCUCUGCUGGCUGGGCCCAUUGUAUGAGCACAUCUGUGACCCCACCCCCACCCCAAAUACCCAGAGCUUGAUUCUGGGGCCCGAGUUAGGAGACCUACGUGACUAAAGCAGGAAUAGGUUUGAACUGAAGGGAGACAUUCCUCUUGGCAGGAAUGAAAGAUAAUUGAAACCAUGGGUCUGGGGAGGUAGAUGUGGUCUCCAGAGUCUCACUCCUUUUAGGCUUAGUCUCAGAAAAUUUGCUUUCCUGGACUUAUUGGCCUAGGGACCUUGAGAGUCUUGAAGCUGUUAGUUUGGGUAACUCGUGGGGCCCAGAGUGGACCUCUUGGUUGAGGUCCCACUGGGUAUCAGCUCUUUUGGGGUGGACGCCUACUACAGCUUCUGCUGGAAAUCAUGCAGCCUCCCAAUAAAGUUACUGGCAGACCCUGCCGGCCUCUUCCAAGCUC